UGACGUGAAAGUGGUUACAGUUAAGACAACCAAACACACAACUCUUAUUUUGACGGAUCUGCUACUGUAUGGACACCGGAAGUAACAGGUUUCAUGCUUGAAGUCGCGCUUUCGAUUUCUUUAGCUUUAGCAGAGUUCUCACAGUCCUCUUAUCGCUAUAAAACGUCGAAUGUUUUCGAUUUAGUCAAAACGUCUAGAUAAGUUGUUCUGUGUCAAAUGCAUGUUUUGUGCAUGUUCUGAAAAUGGCAAGGGAAGAAUCUGCGCGACACAUAAAGUCGUUGCUUGUACACUUGCUUCGCCAGCGACGAGAAUACAUAAACAAUGCACUCGUACAGAGGAAAAAUGAAAUACAUAGGCGAAUCAGACACAGAAAAUUCCUUUUGCAGAGAAUGAAAAGGAUGCGCAUGAUGGCCUCAAGCGCCCACACUCGGCCCUGGAGUAUCACGGAGAGCACGGACUGGUGGGAGAGGGUGGUGUUGAAAGAGUUCGACCACCGGGACUGGCUGGAGAAGUUCCGCAUGAGCAAGGACACGUUCUUCACGCUGUGCAGCAAGUUGCAGCCGCGGCUGGCGCGAAUGAACACCAAUUUCCGGCAGGCCCUGCCACUGGAGAAGCGAGUGGCCAUCGCUUUGUGGCGGCUAGCCACCAACGUAGAGUACCGCACCAUCAGCGUGCUGUUCGGCGUGGGGUGCUCCACCGUUGGCCAGUGCGUGAGGGAGGUGUGUCACGCCAUCGUGCUGCUGCUAAAGCCGAUCUACCUGCAGCAGCCCAGCGAGCAGGAGCUGGACGAGACCGUGCGGCUCUUCAGCAUGCGCUGGGGCUUCCCGCACUGCGUGGGAGUGCUGGACAGUCUGCACAUCCCCAUCAUAACGCCGCCCAACAAGACCAACCACUGCUGCAACAGCAACAGCUGGCACUCGGUGGUGCUCCAGGGCGUGGUCAACGGGCUGGGCCAGUUCUGGGACGUGUGCGCGGGCUUCCCGGGCAGCACGGAGGACGUGAACAUCCUGCAGAGCUCCACGCUGUGGACCACGGCGAGCGAGGGGCGGCUCUCCCCCCAGCCGCCCAGAAACGUCCUGGGCCAGCCUUUGGGGUACCUGUUGCUGGGCGACGCCGCCCACCCUAUGCAGACCUGGCUUCUCAAGUGCUACCCCGAGUCGACCCAGCUGACGGCCCGCCAGCGGCGCUUCAACUACCACCUGCGGCACGCCCACACGGUGGUGGAGGUGGCCUUCCAGCGCCUGAAGGCCCGCUGGCAGUGCCUGCACAAGAGGAACGACUGCCGCCUGGACCUGGUGCCCACCAUGAUCCUGGCCUGCUGCAUCCUGCACAACAUGUGCGAGGUGCACGGCGACACCUUCAUCGAGGAGUGGAUCGACGAGGUGAGCCAGGCGGACUGCGUGCAGCCCUGCGACACGCUGCCCUCCUACAUGGACGACCCCAACGCCGAGCGGGUGCGCUCCCUGCUCUGCGACUACUUCUGCCAGCAGCAGCAGCAGGAGGGAGGGCACGUGGCCGAGAACCUGCCCUACCGCUCCAUCGCCUCCUUCCUCCACGCGGCGGAGACCACCGCCGCGGCCGAGUUGCUCACCUUGCUUUAGGUCGGGGAUCGUCGUCGAGUCUGGCCCCUCGAAUCCAGGUCUGGGGCCUGUUCUACGAAGUGAGGUCAGUGAGUUAGCUGGAUAACUGCACUGAGUAGAACUCUGACCUCACCCAAAUCUGGAACACGGACUGAAGUAUCCGGUUUGAUUUUUAGUUUGUGCGGUUAUCUGGCUGACUCAGCAAUCCUGUUUUGCGGAAUAUGUGCUACUUAUUGGCCAGACCGCCUUCACGCCUGACUCCCAAGUAGAGGGAGGGUGGAAAACCAGCAGCCUGAGGACCGUGAUUUGAUGAUUCCUGCUGUAGAUCCUGACUGAGGGGGUCCCCUGUUGUGUGCUAGUUCUGAGAACUGCCAAUAUAUCAUCAGUAAAACCUGUUAGAAAACAUGAGCUCAGGUUCUUCCAUAAUUUGUUCCCAUAAAACGUAUGGCACAAUACAGAUUUGCCUGAUUGCCAUUUGCUUUGUCUUUCAUUUUCCACAGAUGCCUUGGAUUCAUGCUUCCAGCUGUAAGGAUCCCAGUGAUUUUGUCUUUUACUCUAAUUUGAAAAAUUGGGACCUCUUUCUAAAGGUAGCCUUUGCCACCUUAAAAAAAAAAAAAAAGUUAGUUGCUGUGACUGAUUAAAAAUGCUUGUUAGUUUUUGUGAUUUCAUCCUGAUCAGCAUCUAGUUUGGCCUUGGAAACAAGGUAUCCGACACUUUAGCCAAUCAGUGACUUAAAUUACACGCUCAGCUGCUGAAAUGCACCAAAACCCAUCAGAUACUAGGCCACCCAGGACUGGAGUAUGAGAUUCUUGCUCCAAUAUCCUCUCUGACUACAUUUAUAUCUUAAGAUGACUUCUCUGUUACAUAUCCUGACCUGAAAGCAUGAUGACCGUGAAUAAACAUUUUUCAUUUUUUUAAUAUCCAGGCAAAGUGUCGAUCAAUUCAUUUUCACAUACCAGUCUACAGUAUGAAUAAUGUAGCUCUGCAAUGAUCUUAGCGCUUUUUUUAUUAUGCCCUUGGAUGUUGGACUGGAGGCAGAUUUUCACAUAAGUGUAAUCUGUUUGUUAGAAUCGCAAUGGACUGUCUGUACUUCGUUCUACAAGUCCUGGCCUUGGAAUUGCUGGCAUUACAUUCCAUUCAUUUUGCAGAUGCUUUUAUUCAAAGCA